GGCGUGAACAAAAGCCCGCUUCUUCUGCGUGCACGCGCCUUCUUUAGCAUUAUUAUUACUACUACGACAAAAUAAACAAACACUACAUUUAAUCCAUUUUAAUCAGUUUACUAACCGCUCAUUUUGAUGGAAAUGGAGACUUUUAAUCGGCUUCUGUUAGAUUAUCCCGAGUUACUGUACAGUGGAGUCGGUGCUACUGCGUUUGUCGCCGGCGGAGCCCUGAUUUAUAAGAUAGCCACCAGAAAGAAGCCCACGCAUGCCAGUGUGAACUGCUGGUUCUGCAAUCGGAACACAGUGGUACCCUAUGGGAACAGGAACUGCUGGGACUGCCCCAACUGUGAGCAGUACAAUGGUUUCCAGGAGAAUGGUGAUUACAACAAGCCCAUCCCAGCUCAGUACAUGGAGCAUCUGAACCAUGGAGUGUCUGGAAGUUUACCCACAUCUGAAACACCCAAGACGCUGCAGUGGGUCAACUGUCAGAUGCUGCUGUGCAGAAAGUGCAACAACAACCAGUCUGCAAAAAUCAAGCAGUUGGCCUCAUUUAUCCCCAGAGAUGAUGAGAACUACGAUGAGGAAAUUGAAUCCUACAAGCAUCACCUUGAACAGACCUACAAGUUAUGCAGGCCAUGUCAGACCGCAGUGGAGUACUACAUCAAAUAUCAAAACCGUCAGUUGAGGACUGUACUCUUAAACCAUCAACUUCGCCGCAGCAGGGACUCUGACAAAGCCUUUGUAAAGAGCACACACUCUGCCGCCUCUCCCAUGGGGGUUGUGCUGUUACGUGUCCUUGUCUUCCUCACCUGUGCUUUCCUGCUUGCUACAAUUUUCUAUGGAAAGGCAGACCAGGCUGCUUCGCCGAAUGCUACCCACUUAAGUGGUGGCGUGAUCCCUCCCAAACCUAAACCUUACAAUGAGUCCAACAACAACGACAACAAAAGCGGUGACGCUCUGCCUCUUUGGGACAAUCUUCUCCUGCUGCUUCCAGACAUAGCUGUGGAAAAGGCCGUGGUGCUGGUGGAGUACGGAAAGGAAAACCAGCUCGCUGUGGUCUCUGUUGGCCUGCUGACCUGUAUCACUGCAAUCUUCUUAGCAGGACCCGUCAGGUUGAGGAGAAUUGAUGCUGUGGUUUCUGUCCUGUGGUUCCUUAUCAUGUGUCUCUAUUUGGCUGAGAAAUACUGGACUGGUACAUCAGGACCAUUGGAAGUGGCCAAAAUCAGCAUCACCUCCUUCUGUUGUCUGCUGAGCUUCGCUGCUGCUGUGGCAACUCACAAACCCAUGGGUCCACGAAGAGCAAGAUACCGAAGGUCAGAAUCUGAGCAGUAAUGUCCAAACUGUGCUGUGUAUGUGGAAUUAGGUACAAGAAUCAUUUUUUCUCAAGAUGCCGCUCGUGAUCCUUGUG